AUGGACGCCCCCGAGCGCGAGCGGUCCGCUGCACCGCAGGAGUCGGCGCUGAGCUUCCAAUGCCACGAAGAGGUGGUCGCGCGGCUCAGCCAACUCUACGGAGACACCCGGCACGCGGAUGUGACCUUCGUAGUGCAGCGGGAUGAGGCGUCGCUUCCGCAGCGCUUCCCCGCGCACCGGAGUUUGGUGGCGGCCUGGUCCCAGCCCUUGGAGUCGAUGCUCUGCGGAGCCUUCGCCGAGGGCGGCGCCAAGGAGGUUCGCUUGCUGGACGUGGAACCGGCCGCCUUCGAGGUUCUAUUGCCAGUCUGGCACGCUUAA